ACGUCACUCACAUCUGACUGUCAAAUGAGUUCAAGUCUUUAUUUCGUAAUUAAUAUUUAUUUUUCUUAUUCAAAAACCAGAAAACUAAUUAAAAACGUAAACUUUUAAAAAUUAUCACAAAAAUAUGUUUCAUCGAUUAAUGCACAUACAGUUUGAGACCAAUGUAUAUGUUAAAAAAUCAAUUUUUUUAAGAUUUUUGACCAAGAAAGAACAUUUUAAUCAACGCGGGUUCAGGUUAUUUUCAAGUCACAAGGCUUCCGCCCUACGAAAUUAUUAUGAACGAUCGUUCAACAGCCACAGUAGAAAUUUAUGUAUUACACUAAGGAAUUAUACUAGCCAGGUGGAUGCUCAGAAAAAAAAUGAACAGAUAGAAAGUCUAAAGGACAAAACUGCGUUAUCGCCCUCGAGAAAAAUUAACGUUAAAUUAAAGCCAUCGGAAUUGAAAAGAUUAUUUAGUUUAGCUCAGCCUGAAAAAUGGACCCUCACUGGUGCUAUUGGAUUUCUUAUAAUAUCUUCAAGUGUGACAAUGGCUGUGCCCUUUUCUCUUGGAAAAGUUCUGGAUAUAAUUUAUAGCAGUACUAAUGAUUUGCCUGCAGCCAGAGAGAAGUUAGAUGCACUUUGUCUUGUACUGUGUGGUGUAUUCUUGGUUGGAGGCUUAUGCAAUUUUGGCAGGGUAUACUUGAUGUCAAUAUCUGGUCAAAGAAUGACACAGGCACUACGUAAACAAGUAUAUGGUGCUAUAAUGCGACAAGAACCAGCUUGGUUUGGUAGGACAUCAACCGGUGAACUGGUGAACAGGCUAUCUGCUGAUACUCAGCUUGUUGGUAGAAAUUUAAGCCAGAAUGUCAGUGAUGGUUUGCGGUCACUGGUGAUGGUCUGUGCUGGCACAGGCAUGAUGAUUUACAUGUCACCAUCAUUAGCAUUGGUUGGCCUUUGUGUAGUGCCACCUGUCUCAAUCUUGGGCAUCAUGUAUGGGCGCUUUAUACGAGGUAUUACACGUCAAAUGCAAGACACACUGGCUGAAACUAGUGAGUUAGCUGAAGAGAAGAUAUCUAAUAUAAAGACUGUGAAAGCAUUUAGUAAAGAGAAAGCAGAAUGUAUAUCAUAUGCACAAAAAAUAGAAAACAUUCUUAAAUUGGCAUACAAAGAGUCCUUAGCAGUCGGAAGUUUUUACGGUUUGACUGGCCUCUCUGGAAAUGCUAUAAUUAUUUUGGUGCUAUACUAUGGUGGAGGAAUGGUGGCGACCGAACAACUGACUGUGGGCAAUUUAACAUCUUUCCUCUUAUAUGCCGGAUAUGUGGGCAUAAGUAUAGGUGGUUUGAGUAGUUUUUACACCGAGUUGAAUAAAGGGAUAGGCGCUGCUACGAGAUUAUGGCAGAUUAUUGAUAGAGAACCCACUAUACCUGUUUCAGGUGGUUUAAGACCCAAUGAAAGGCCUAAUGGAGAGAUAGUCAUCGAAAAUGUGUGGUACUCAUAUGAAGGUGCACCGUUGAUUAAGGGGUUCAAUUUACAUCUUCGUCCGGGCAAGUCCUUGGCACUGGUCGGUCGUUCAGGCUGUGGUAAAAGCACGAUAGCAUCUUUGAUACUCCGGUUAUAUGACCCUGACAAGGGUAGAAUAUUGUUGGAUGGCGUCGACAUUCGCGAACUCGAUCCAACUUGGUUGAGAAGUCACAUCGGUUAUGUCAGUCAGGAGCCAGUAUUAUUUAGUGGAUCGAUAAAGGAAAAUAUACUGUAUGGUGCUCUGGAUGAAGAUGAUGCGCCUAGCGAUAAGGAGCCCGCGUGGCUACGAGCGGCUCGAACUGCCCAUCUACACGAACUAGUGCAAGCGGACGAGACGAGGCGCGGUAGCGGCGAACCCGGCUGGGAACGUCAGGUUGGCGCUUUAGGUGGGCAACUUAGUGGCGGACAGAAGCAACGUGUUGCUAUAGCCAGGGCUGUUGUGAAGAAUCCUAAAAUACUUAUACUUGACGAAGCUACUUCAGCAUUAGAUGCAUAUUCCGAAUUCCUAGUGGACAAAGCUCUCAAAGAGAUCAGCCGAGACCGGACAGUCCUCACCAUCGCACACCGACUUAGCACAAUACAGUCGGCCGACGAAGUCGCCGUGCUAGAAAAUGGAGUCGUGAUAGAAAAGGGUCCGUAUGCGGAACUGAUGGCAAAACCGGACGGUUUCUUUAGGGAACUCAUUACGCAUCAGACCUUCGCCGCGAAAUCCAGGGAGAAGCGGGACUCGCAAAAAACGUAGUCAAAUAUGUUUUUAAUGAAUUUUAAAUUUGAUACACAAUACAGGUUGUACAUACAUAGUUAAUAAUUGCUUAUAUAUUUCGUUUGUAUCACGUAAUGACAAAUGUUGGGAUGAAUUUGUAAUUUAGAACAAAUUAUUUUACCAAAUAAUGACAUACGUUUAAAUUUUGAAUAACGUAAACCGAUGCCUGUUAUUAAAUAACAAUCUGGUGUUAUCAGAAUAGAGGAUAUGGUUUGCUUGAUUGUACCCAUUAUUUUCGUAUUUAUUGUAUAUUUGUAUUUAAAUGUAUAUGUAAGUAAUUUUAUUGCCAUGUUUUGUUUUAACAGCUGUUAUGAUUUCACGAAAUUUUAUCAGGUAUAAGAUUGGUACGUGAAACAAAUACCAUUUGAAGGAUAUAAAAUAUACUUAAAAUUUAAAAUCAAAAUAUUGUGACUGAUAAAAAAAAUUGUCGUCAUACGGAUUUGUAAUAGGUACCUAUGUAGGUACUACGCUAAGGUGACACAAUAAUUCUACUUAAGAUUAAUGGGUGUAAACAAUUGUUAAUCUUAGAUACAUAGAGUUCCGUCUGGGGCGCGACACGAAUCGAAAUUACCCGUCAGUCCUGAUUAAAAAAAGAUAAAUUAUCACUUAGUGGUCUCGUCAUAGCCGGUUAACGAUAUUUUUAUCUAAUCGAUUAUUUAGUAAAGAUUAAAUAAUCUAUUAGUAUAAAUCGGCAUUUUUUAAUAUAUUGAAGUUGUCAACAAAUAUGUGGCAUGCUCUCUCUAAAGUUUUAAUAUCGUUACUUUCUAAAGUAGCAUAUUAUAGUAUUGACCUCUUUGAUAGUAAAAAUGUAUUUGUUUAAUAAUAUCAACAAAAUAUCAUCAUCAGUCAUCGAUCUGGAAGGUCCUUGAUUGAUUUAUUAAUAUGUAUUUAAUGUAAUAUUAACCUUUUGACCGCUUAGCUUUGUAACAGUUGUCAUGUCUCUAGCGCCCGUUUUAAUUCGACAACUUUUUAUUGUACUUGAUUUCUAACAUUUUUCUGACUAUAAAUAUUCUGAAUAUUAUAAUUUUUUCUUUUCUAUUCUGUAAUACUGCCGUAUAAAUCCGAUACAAGUGCUAUAGCCACAACUCAAGGAUAAAUUCAAUGAUAUAAUAAAAAAACCAUUGGGAUAAAUCCGGCUAAUGUAGUUAAAAGGUUAAACAAAUGAAGUAUGUAAUGUUAUUAAUGAUCUAUGUCGACUUCAUAAUAUUCGUGACCAACUAAAGAGAUAUAUUUAUUAUCAUAAAUGUACAAAACAUACGGAUAAAUAGUAUUUUUAUUAUAUUGUAAAGUGUGUUGUAAAUUAUUCAGUAGGCACCUACAGUAAUUUAUAUGACAUAUAAUGUAAAGGGAUUAUUUAUUUUUAUUGUGACAAAAAUAAAAUUCCAUUGUUGCUUUAA